UGGGUCUAAGAAAAUUGAAAGACUUAAGCCUGGAUUUUGGAACCAACCCCAGCCCAAACUGACUUACAGAAACGUUGCUCGUUUUAAUUUAAGUUUCAUCCAAAUUCCAAUUACCCCGGAGAUCAACGACCGGAGGUCAACCGCCGGAGUCUUCCAUCUUCCGAGCUCCCUAGAAAGGCGCCAUUGCAAGUACUUUUCUUCCUUUCUUUUUCUUUUUCUUUUUUUUUUUCCAUGUGUGUAUAUGAACUGAAACGUAUCGAGUUCGAGGGUCAGAGUUUGAUUUCACUUGAAUUUCUCGACUUCUUUAGUUCUCGUGAACUGCUUGUUUAAUUGUCUAAAUCAGAACAAGGUUGAACUGAAAUUCGAUUUGUUUCGAAUUUCGAGCAAUUUGAUACAGUAGAGAUUGAAGGUAUGAAUUUCUUGUGUCGGAACUAAAGUUAUAGUAGUAUUUGUUUUAUCAAUGCUGUAGGAAUUAUUGUAGGAAUUGGCCUUUGUUGAAAUCCUCAAUGGGAAUAAAUCGUCUCAAAACACUUGGGCUUCCAUCAAUGAACUUGCUGAGAGUAAAAGGAAUGCCCAUCUUGGAACAGUUGCAUCUGGAGGAACGGUUGCUUCGGACGACAUUAGAUAACUGGUGCAUUCUUAAUGAUGGAACUAAUGAUCGCAAUAUAGUUAUGGGAGUUUCUGGGAAACCUGCUGAACUUUUGAACAUCAAUUCUGUCUUGCAAGACAAGGUUGCAGUAAUCCGAAGGUUUACUGGAGGUGGUACUGUCAUUGUUGAUCAUAACACAGUAUUUGCAACAUUCAUAUGCAACAAAGAUGCGCUUCCAGAUGUACAGCCUUAUCCUAGGCCCAUCAUGUCUUGGAGUAGCUUAAUUUACAAAGACGUAUUUCAAGAAGUUGGAGAUUUUAGCCUUCGUGAGAAUGAUUAUGUUUUUGGUAACCAUAAGUUUGGUGGGAAUGCGCAGUCAAUUACUAAAACACGUUGGAUACACCACACAUCUUUCCUAUGGGACUUUGAUGUGAAUAGUAUGGCAUAUCUUAAACUUCCAAGCAGAGCACCAGAAUACCGAAAGGAAAGGGACCAUUUGGAAUUUUUAUGCCGCAUGAAGGACUAUAUACCGAGGUCAAACUUUAUCGACAGGAUUAUUGAAGCAGUAGGCAGGAAUUUUGAUGUGAAACCAAUGGAGAUUGAAGCCAUUGAAUCGCCUACCUCAAACAUUGUCUUUACACCUACAUCGAAAAUUGUUGCAGAGGAAGAACUAAAUGAAGCUCUUUCUGUUUCUCAAUUGUAACGAUUGUACUAUAACCAUCCAGAAAUAGAAAGUAAAAAUUUCUUGUUUCCACUGUUCAUGUUAAUCUGCUUCUCAACCAAUAUAGAGAGGAGAUCGUAUUCAUCAUUUCUUUUAUUAGUACCUCGGGAACUUUGUGUAUUAUGAUUUGUAAACCUGCGGUUGCAGAAAUAGAAAUAGAUUUCAAUCAAUUGUAUGACCUUUGUGAUAUAAGACACCUUUGUCACAUUCAAUCAAUAGCCCAAAUUAUCAAUUCAGAUUAUGAAAGCAACAACAUUCUGACUGUUAAAC